CUCCUCCUUGGUCCUCAGCAGGGGGCAGCAGAGCUGUCAAGGCUGCACCCACCAGGAGUAGCAGCAGGAUUGGCCAAACGAAAUAGGUUCGCCGGAACCCCAUGCAGCAACGGGGGACCCUGCAUCAUGGAAGGUUUCUCAGCACUGCCCAGAGGAACAUGUCUUUCGCACCAGUGCUGAGUUGUCCUACAGUCCCACUUUCCAAUGGCCUGCAGAUUCCAAUAUUUGGAUUAGGCACAUCACAUGAUGGCGGAUACUCUCAUGAUGCCAUUGUGUAUGCACUCACUGAGUGUGGCGUGCGCCACAUUGACACAGCAAAGCGCUACGGCUGUGAGGAGAAACUGGGUAAAGCUAUCAGAGAAAGUGGGAUGCCACGAAGUGAUCUAUGGCUCACCAAUAAACUGUGGCCAGGGGACUACGGAUACAAAGCUGCAAAGAAGGCCUGCCUUGACUCCUGCUCACAGAUGGGGGUGGAAUAUUUUGAUCUGUACCUGAUGCACUGGCCAGAGUCAUUGCAACCUGGUUGCUCCAACAGGAAUAUGAGAGCUGAGACCUGGAGAGCUUUGGAGGAACUUUAUAAAGAAGGGGUGUGCCGUGCUAUUGGAGUAAGCAACUUUCUGGUCCACCACCUGGAACAGUUAAAGGAGGACUGUAGUGUCGUGCCACAUGUUAACCAGGUGGAGUACCAUCCUUUCCAGCAGCCCAAUCACCUGAUAGAGUACUGUCUUCAGGAGGGAAUUGUGUUUGAAGGGUACAGUCCUCUGGCCAAGGGUCAAGUCCUCAGCGACCCAACUGUUCUCCAGAUAGCAGAAAAGUACAGACGCACACCUGCUCAGAUCUGCAUCCGCUGGAGUAUUCAGAAUGGAGUUGUCACAAUACCAAAAUCCAUCAAAAAGAGGAGGAUACAAGAAAACUGUCAAGUGUUUGGGUUCCAGCUGGAGGAGUCGGACAUGGCCGCUUUGGGAAGAUUGCAUGAUGAAAGACACGUGACUUGGGAUCCAACAAACGUGGAGUAACGAUAUUUGAGAAAACUCCUGAGUGUUUGUCUUGGAACUAGUUUUGUCAGUAACUGUAGGCUGUAUAACUAAUCUUGAGAGUCUAAUACGAUUUUAAUUAAUUCUUUGUACAUUAGCUUUGUGUGUCACACUUUGACUCUACUAUAAUGUGAAGCUCAUUCAUCUUAGCUACCUCUUCUGUAAACACACGUAGGAACAAAAAGUCUUUAAGUGCCUUACUUUAUAGAAAUAUCUACUUUUUAUUUAAUGCAAUAACAACUAGAUGUUAAUCAUUUUUAAAAAGGUGCUAUUGGCAUGAAAUUUUCACUAGAUGUUGGUAACAACCCAUGCAAUCCACACAUGCAAAGAAAUCAAACCAUAGAUGUCCAUAAAUUAUGUAUAAUGUUAAAAGACACAGGGAAAAAGCAUUUAAGUACUGAAAUUCAUUUAAUACUUCGUACAAAAGCCUUUGUUGGUACUGACUGCCUCAAGAUGCCUCCUGUAUGGAGAAACGAGUUGCAUGCAUUGCUGAAGUGUGAUUGUGGCCCAUUCUUCCACACAAACAGUCUUCAAAUCUUGACGGUUCUGUGGGCCUCUUCUAUAAACUCUGAUCUUUAGUUCUUGCCAUAGAUUUUCAUUUGAUUCAAGUCAGGUGAUUGGCUGGGCCAUUCUAGCAGCUUUAUUUUCUGUCUCUGAAACCAAUUGAGAGUUCCUUGGCUGUGUGUUUGGGAUAAUUUUCUUGCUGAAAUGCCCACCCUUGUUUCAUCAUCAUCCUGGUAGAUGGCAGCAGAUUUUUAAUCAAGAAUGUCUCUGUACAUUUUUCCAUUCAUCCUUAUAUGAAGUUUGCCAGUACCAUAGGCUGAAAAACAGCCCCACACCAUGAUGUUUCCACCUCCAAACUUCACUGUUGGUAUGGUGUUUUGGGGGUGAUGUGCAGUGCCUUUUCUCCUCCAAACAUGGUGUGUAUUAUGGCAUCCAAAGAGUUCAAUUUUGGUCUUAUCUGACCAGACUAUAUUCUCCCAGUAUGUCACAGGCUUAUCCAUAUGUUGUGCAGCGAACUUUAGAGCUUCAACAUGCUUUUUCUUCAGUAAUGGAGUCUUGCGUGGUAAGCAUGCAUACAGGCCUGAAGCUGACCACAAGUGGUCCUUGGCUCUUGAACAACUCUUCUGAUAAUUCUUUUCACUCUUCUAUCAGAAAUCUUGCGAGGAGCACCUGGUUGUGGCCGGUUUAUGGUGAAAUGAUGUUCUUUCCACUUCCGGAUUAUGGCCCCAACAGUGCUCACUGGAACAUUCAGAAGUUUUGAAAACCUUCUGUAGUAUGUUUUGCAACAAUAAGGCUGCAAAGGUCUUGAGCACGCUCUUUGCUUUUACCCAUCAUGAGAUGUUUCUUCUGUAACACCUUGGUGAUGAGACACCUUUGUUUAGGCCAUCAGUUGAGACUGAACCAGCUGAUAUUAAUUUGCACUGACAAGGGGCAGGAUUGCUUUCUAAUUACUGAUUGUCUUGGCUUUCCAUGCCUUUUUGCACCUCCCUUUCUUCAUGUUCUUCAAUACUUUUUCCCUGUGUCAUUUAACAUUAUAACACAUAAUUUAUGGACAUCUAUGGUUUGGUUGGAUUUCAUGAGUUGUUACCAACAUCUGGUGAAAAUUUCAUUUCAAUAGCACCUUUAGAAAUAUAUUUACUGAGAAAAAUGGUGACGUGUUUUAUACUUAUUUUACCUGCUGUAGCAAUGAUCACAGCCAGAAACAAGUAGUUUGUCUAAAAUACUUUAUUUUUUUUAUUUCAAAUGUGUUAACAUUGACAAAUAAGCAUCACAAAUCUUCAGUACUUCUUGUGUGAAAUCCUGAUAAUUAUUUUGUUCAAAAUAAUGAAGUUAGAAUAUAUUUAUUAUUAACAAAAUCAAUUUUAAUAAAUUUUUGACCAACUUACGGAAGAGUGUAGAUUUCACCCCUAUCUAGGGGUGAAAGUAAACCAUCCAGGAAGAAUGACUUGCCACGUUCAAAUACAAGGUAGAGUUGGACAUGGAGCUGACAAAAUGCUGCACAUGGAACUCCCUUAACAAGUCACUGGGUUACAUUCCCUGAAGCUAUUGUAAUAAAAACCUUUAGUUUUAAUGAAAUUAUUGAUGUAAAACAAA